AUGGCCGCAUCGACCAAAUCCCUCUCCUCGCUGCUUGCGCAAGCCACCAUCGACGAUCACGACGAAGUGCUAAAGGCCACCAAUGCGGCGCUCAAGAAGUCCAAAGGCGAUCUGGACGCGCAGCACACAAAAGCGGUAGCAUUGCUGCACUUGGACCUUUAUGAGGAUGCAUUAGAGGUGUUUGAGGGGGCGCAAGAGUUGCAGGAGAAGGCGCGGUUCGAGUACGCAUAUGCGCUCUACAAGACUGGCAAUGCAGCAAAGGCUGUGGAAGUGGCCACAGCCGCGGGUUCAGAUGCAGGUCGGGGGAUGAAGCACAUGCUUGCUCAGGCCGCAUACCGAUCCGAGAACUUCGCGCAGGCCACCAAGAUUUACAAGGAACUCGCAGACCAAAACGUCGAAAGCGAAGAGUACGAUAUCCGCAUCAACUCGGGAGCUGUAGACGCGCAACUGGAAUGGACUGGGCAAGGCGAGCUCGCGCAAAAGAAGCAGCCCACACGUGAAGAUCUGGAAGUCUUCGAAACGGCCUUCAAUGCGGCAUGCGGCAGCAUAUCCCGCAACGAGUUUGGACAAGCCCAAGUGUGUCUCAAGCGCGCGAAGGAUCUGUGCAAUGCGCUCUCGGACCUUAGCGAAGAAGAAAAACAGGCCGAGUUGCUGCCAAUUACUGUUCAGCAAGUCUAUGUCCUGACGCAACUGGGCAAGAUUGACGAGGCCGAGGAACUGGCCACCAAGAUUCCUUUUGCAGACAUCAAGGAACUCUCGACCCGCUACAUUGCCCAGGUCAACAGCAUCGCCGCCUCCAAAGAGCACUCAAACCCUUACCUCUCCCAUCGUCUCUUCCACGCAUCGCCGCAACCUCCCGUUACCGAUCAGCAUUUCUCCCACCAGUCCAACAUUCUACGACAAGAUGAAUACGUUAUGGCAUUGCUGUCGCAGAAGGUCGCGGGCGUUGCAUCUUCGACUGAGAAGGUCAUCUCCGCGUCGCCUGCACCAUCUCUGUCUCCUGCCGUCAACAUGGCAGCAGUGUUGAAUGCGGCAGCUCACGCAAGGAAUGCAGACACCGAGAAAGCUGCACUUAAGGAGAUCGUACCAUUGCUAGAAAAGAGGCCAGCUGAUGUGGGUCUCAUACUCACGAUAACGCACUUGUACGUUAUCACAAACAACUAUGCCGCUGCGACACAUUUGCUAGAAUCAUUUUUCAAGCGAUUGGAACAGAGUGGCUCAGCAUCCGAUUUAGACGUCCGUUUUGCACCAGGACUUGUUGCUGCACUUGUGUCGCUAUAUGCACAGCAAGGUCGACCAGGCGCUUCGAAGAACGAGCUAGCGAAGGCAGCGGAGUACUGGCGGAAACCUCACAAGUCGAAAACGGAAGCGCCAUCCAAGUCUUUGAUGGUCGCUGCUGGCACAGCACUUCUCGACACUCAUAACCCCGACAACGUCAAAACUGCAGGAGAGAUCUUCCAGGGCUUAUAUGACCAGGAUAACGAAGACCGGGCUUCUAUCGCUGGUCUUGUAGCCGCAUAUAGCAUCACAGACCCAUCAUCAAUACCUGCAGACCUCCUGGCUUACUUGCCAGAAGCCAAUCGUCUGGUUUCUGAUAUCGACGCAGUUGAGCUUGAGAAUGCAGGUGUUCCACUUGGUACCCUCACAUCAGUCAACCUCGGAGCGGAGUCAAGGAAACGUAGCCUUGCGCCCAAUAAGGAGGUACCGGCCAAGUCGAAGAGGUUGCGCAAGUCGAGAAUGCCAAAGGACUAUGUCGAGGGUAAGAAGAUGGACCCCGAACGAUGGCUUCCAAUGCGUGAUAGGAGCUACUACCGUCCCAAGGGUAGGAAAGGAAAGAAAAGGGCAGAAGGCCUUACCCAGGGUGGUGUUGUGGAGAAUGACAAGGGCACACCGGCCGCUCAAGAGAAGAAGGGUGGUGCAGACAAGGGAAAGAAUAAGAAGAAGGGCAAGGGUGGUAAGUGGUGA